AUGUUAAGAGCCACUCUUUUACGUACACCAAGACAAUUGAUUUGUAAAUCAUCAAGGGCGCCCUUCUCCAUCGCCGCCAGAGCCUCCUUUCCUCAUUUAAAGAACAAUCAAGAUGAAGCUGAAAAAAAAGAACAGGGUUUGUUUGAUAGCAACAAGGAGAAACUGGACACAUUGGAGCACGGAAAAAAUCCAGAUUAUAAGCAACCUGGAAUGGAAGAUUUGAAAAAGAAGGGAGAUGACGCUAGAAUCGAACAAAACAGGCCAGAUGACGGUGUUUAUUGA